AUGACCCGUUCAGCAGCAUUACCCAGGGAUACUGGCUGCCUGCCGCCUGAAGCGGAGAAUAGGACCACUAGCCCAGCAGAGGUGACCCUCAGUGGUCCCCCAGAGCCCCCCAGGAGGUCCCCGCUCAGGCUGCUCAUGCACAGUGGCCUGAUGUUUGGCAGGGAGUUCUGCUACGCUGCAGAAGCAGCUUUCGCCACCCCGGUGCUGCUCAGUGUCGGGCUCCCGCCGAGCCUGUACAGCCUGGUGUGGCUCAUCAGCCCCUGCCUGGGCUUCAUCCUUCAACCCAUCGUCGGCUCCGCCAGCGACUACUGCCGCUCGAAGUUGGGCAGGAGGAGACCUUACAUCUUGGCGCUGGGGAUCCUGAUGGUGCUCGGAAUGACUUUGUUUCUGAACGGAGACGCGUUGGUAACAGCCACCAUAAAAAACAGGAAACAAAGGCAUAUUUGGGGCGUCCUGAUUACUGUUUUCGGCGUGAUCGUCUUUGACUUCUCGGCUGACUUCAUCGACAGUCCUAUCAAAGCAUAUUUGUUUGAUGUGUGCUCCCAUGAGGAUAAAGAGAAAGCCUUACACUUCCACGCACUGUUAACUGGCCUUGGAGGUGCUGCAGGCUACCUAAUUGGUGCUAUUGAAUGGAGAAACACUUCCCUGGGUUGGAUACUAGGAUCUGAAUAUCAAGUUAUUUACGUUUUUGCUGCAAUUAUUUUCAUUGUACUUCUAAUAAUACACAUGUGCAGUAUUCCAGAAAUUCCAUUUGGUCAAGAUGUAGAUCAUCAACAGUUAUACUUAUUGGAACAUAAUACUCCUACCUAUGGAACAAUCGAGAGUCCUGCAAAUGGUAACUAUGAUCAAAAUUCUUGUAAAUCAAGAUCUUCAUCAGUGAUGGUAAAAUUGGAAGAUAAUUCGCAAAUCACCUGCAUUAACCCAUCAAGAGAAAAGGGGCAAAAACAUAUAACCCUAAAGUCACUAGUUAAAGAACUGCUCGGUAUGCCUUCUCAUUACCGUUCCUUGUGUGUUAGUCACCUCAUAGGAUGGACAGCGUUUCUCUCAACUAUGCUAUUCUUCACUGACUUCGCAGGGCAAGUAAUGUAUAAAGGAAAUCCAUAUGCAGAACACAACUCCACCUCAUACAUUACUUACGAGCGAGGUGUUGAAAUAGGAAGUUGGGGCUUGUGCAUUAAUGCUAUUUUUUCAGCAAUUUACUCAUAUCUACAAAAGAUCUUUUUACCUAUAAUAGGAUUGAAAGGAACGUACUUUGUUGGGUAUUUCCUGUUUGGCCUUGGAACUGGAUUGAUUGGCCUCUUUCCUAAUGUUCUCUCCACGCUGGUCCUCUGUACAGCUUUUGGGGUGAUGUCCAGUACUCUUUACACUGUGCCCUUUAACCUGAUAGCUGAAUACCACAGGAAAGAAAAGAUUGAAAGAACAAAUAGUGGAACACCUUUGAAUGAAAGCAGGGGUAAAGGCAUCGACUGUGCUGCACUCAGUGCUAUGGUACAGCUGGCACAAAUCCUAGUCGGAGUUGGUGUUGGAACCUUGGUAAAUUUGGCUGGCACUGUAAAGGUUGUUGUGAUUACUUCAUCUGCCAUCUCUUUAUUUGGUUGUUGCUUUGUUGGAUUGUUUGUCCAAUAUGAUCAGUAA